GUUUCUUUCACUUCUUCAAUUAUCAAUUAUGUUUUUCACUCUCACAUAACUCCACAUUAUUUUUACAGUUUCUAAGUAAAACAUUUACCAAAAAUAGGUAAGUUUUUUUUUCGGUUUUGAUUUUGUAUACUGUAUUUCAGUAUAUUUUUUGGCAAGAUGCAUGUUGUUUGCUGUUUUUUUUUUUUUUUUUUUGUAAAAUUCUCUGUUGCUUUAAUUUCAUCAUUCUCAGAUAUACAAAUCAUCCAUUCUUAGUGUUGUUUUUCCUCAAGAUUCACAGAUUCGAUUUCAAUGGCUGAAAUUGGCUCUCCGGGCACGAGAACUCGAGGUAUAGAAAAUAUAAUAGAUGGUCCUAGUUUCUCUUUGGGAUUUACUCAACAAGAAAACCCCAUUGCAGCAGGGUCAUCUUAUGCUGAGACGCGUAGCAAAAAAAUCAAUGAUCCAAGAAGGACGAAACAACAUCAUGAUUCUCAUGAUGAUAAAGAAACAAAGAGGAAACAGUCAGCACCAGAUAAAAAAAAUUCUCAAGUGCCGCUACAGAAGAAGAGAAAGGUUACCAAGACUGUUCCUGGAGGCAAGGGCAAAAAAGUAGUUCGGAAAAAACCUUCAAUUGAUGUAGAAGACGAUGAAGAGGAUUCUAGAUUUUUGGUCACGAAGCAGCCUGCUGUGGCCCCAUCUAUGCAAAGAUACACGAACGUCAAUGUAAUCAGUGACAUUAGGGGUAAACUAAAGGGGGUUGGUCAGAUGGACAAGUUUGCAAACUCUAUUUUUGGGAAAUAUCUUAGAAUGCAGCAUAUGGAUGUACAAGCACAGUUGUUCAAGUGCUUCAUGGUUAAAGAUCUUAAGGGAAGUACAUACGAGUGGUUUACAUUUGAAAUAAAUGGAAAAGUAUUGCGUUUUAGCAUUAGAGAAUUUGCACUAAUCACUGGAUUGAAUUGUGUCUCCGACGCAAAUGAGUUUGUAUACGAUAAGACGGAAAAAAAUAGGCUUGUGGAUGAUUAUUUGGGUGGAACAUCUGAUCACAUCAAAAGAGGGCAGCUGAUUGAGUGUUUCAACAAUACAGAUUGGGAGGACAAAGGCGAGGAUGCAAUCAAGAUGGCCAUAUUGUAUUUUAUAAAUACAUUCGUAUUCUGCAGUGAGCCUGUUCGAUCGAACAUACCUAGGAUACAUUUUGACGUUGCAGAGGAUGAGAGAUAUGUUGAUUAUCCUUGGGGCAAAGAGUCCUUCAAAGAGGUGGUUACAAGCAUUAGUCAGAAAUAUGCCAACUUCAAGCAAUAUUAUAGGAUUCACGAAAUGCCAAUUGUCAUGCAAGUUUGGUUGUAUGAAUCUUGUUCAAAAGUCCCAUCCAAUAUUGCAAUUAAGUCGGAAAAUUUAAUUCCAAGAAUCUUGAAUUGGCGGACUAUUGAAGAAAGACCGAAAUUUGAUGCUUUGAUGGAAGGCAUGUUUAGAGAUGAUAUACACCCGAUUUAUACUUUUCAUGAUGUUAUUCCAACCACUGCUGAGUUGGAACGACUUAAUUUGCCUCCUGUUGUUUCACAAGCUAUCCCCAACCCAACAGACGGUGUUGAAGUUGCCGAAGGCAACGAGAUGGUUGAUGAUGACUAUGAUGACUUCAGUACCACACCACCACACAAUGAAAGGGGUAAACAGCAACAGCGAUCUGCCGUAUCUGAUUCACUACCUCAUAAGAAAGGCAGACAGGUUUCAGUUACAGAUUCUACUGUUAGGAAACAACCAGCCCGGAACGAACCACUCACAACAUCGAAGGACGCUUCGACAUCAAGGCAUCGUGAUGUCCAAACAGCCACCAAAAUUGAUGAGGUGAAACUGCUCAGACAAGAGUUUCAAGCUUUUAAGAAAGAUGUAUCUGCUCAGUUUACUGAUCUUAACAAGUCCAUGGAUGAUAUUCGCAAGUGCAUCGAUGACAACUUCAAAAAGGUUGUUGAGGCACUAAAGGGAAAUCAAACCUCAGAAAAGGUAAAUCCAAAGUAAAAUUGAUUUUAUUCACAAAAUACAGAUUUUGAAUGAAAACUGUUCCCAUAAUUUUAUGAAUAACAUAUAUAUAUAUAUAUAUAUAUAUAUAUAUAUAUAUAUAUAUAUAUAUAUAUAUAUAUAUUUCCAAGGCUGCCGAUAGUAAAGCUCCGGUAAAUCAAUACGAGGUUGGCAUACAAUACUCGCAUGAAUUCAAUCAAGAACAACAUUAUGCCAAAGAGACAUCAACUGUCAAAGACGGUAUUGAUGAAAAUAA